AUGGACUGCACUUUAAACUUGACUAGUAGGGAUUUUCGUAUAGAUUUAAUCCCGAUUCCACUAGGAAGUUUUGACAUAAUUGUGGGCAUGGAUUGGUUAUCCAAGAAUCGAGCUGAACUUAGUUGUAUCGAGAAGAUCAUUCGAAUUUCGUUACCCGAAGGGGGAAUACUCAAAGUACACGGAGAGAAACCCAGAAGGGGUAUUAAAAUAGUGACGUGUUUGAAGAUGCGAAAGUAUUUGAGAAAGGAUUGCAUUGCCUUUCUAGCUCACGUUAUGGAUAAGAAAGCUGAAGAAAAACGCGUUCAAGAUAUUCUUAUAAUUCGGGAAUUGCCCGAAGUAUUCCCAGAUGAAUUGCCUGGAAUACCCACACCAAGACAAGUUGAGUUCCACAUAGAACUAAUUCCUGGGGCUGCACCCGUGGCAAAAGGACCAUAUCCGUUAGCACCAUCUGAGAUGAAGGAGUUGUCGGAACAACUUCAGGAAUUACUCAAUAAAGGAUUCAUCAGACCCAACUCUUCACCUUGGGAUCUCCAGUUUUGUUUGUCAAAAAGAAGGAUGGAUCUUUUCGAAUGUGUAUCGAUUAUAGAGAAAUCAACAAGUUGA